AUGUUUUGCAAAAAAUUGUUCAAAAGUUUUAAAAAAAAUAGCUCGCUCAUCGUCUUCUUCGUAACGUUACUCUAUUUUUUUUACACGUACGUGUCCUUGUUUUUGUUUGUCUUCAAUAAUGCCUUGUUCUACCUGUUUGUGAAUAUUACCCUGUUUUACCUAUGUUUCCAUUUUGUGGUGAGGGCCCUGACGUACCCCGGGAGUCUCCUCAUAUACUUCCACAAGACAAACUACGACAACAGAGUAGAACUAUGCAAGUUUUACAUGAAAGAGUCGGUGAAGCUGUCACUGAUUAUAAGUGACAUUCGAGCGAACGCCAAGGAAGUGAUUCGGCAGGAAAAUAACCCCCGUGAAAACCUCAAAAUUAAACUAGAGCAGCUGUUCUCAAAUACCAAUAACAAAGAUAACUACUUUAACUUUUUCAGCGGCCUAUAUAUAUUUUACACGCUCUACAUUAGCUAUUACCUCUACAUUAACAUAGAAGAAAAUGCCGACUUCAGCGAUGAGCAGUUGCUUUUUUACUACUACUUGAAGCUAUUCAUGAUAAAAAUAAACGAACUGAAGGUGUACAUUCAUCAGGAGGAUGUUAUAUACCCGGAAAUCCUCAUCGAAAUAAAGAUCCACAAAGAUUUUAACGAAGCAGUGCACCAGUUCAUACUUAGUAGAAAUCCCACCUACGAGAAAUUCAUCGCGCCCACAAGAGAAAGGGGAAAGGAUUCAUCUUUUCAGACAGCAGGAUGGAGGUUCAACAUUUGGAAGCGCUUAUUUAGCCGGAAUUGUGUCCAAGACUGCAAGGCAGCGGAGGAAUAUGCAAACUUGUUGCCCGAAAAUGGGAAUGAGAAUAAUUCUAAAGGAAGUAAUGGCAAUCGUGGCGCUUUAACCCCCGGGAGGAAUCCCCCCAAGGGGAAAGAAAAACCAAGGAACUACUCGAAGGGGAAAAAAGGGGACAAGAUUUCUGAUGACUCGAAAGGAGACAAUUCUGCGAAGGAUAUUAUCCCCCCCAACUAUAUCGACAUAAAUAUCUUGAGUCUGUUUUACCAUGAAAAUUACGAAAAAUCAAUAACGCAUGUUAAUUAUAGAGACUUUUUUAUGAUCAUAAAGGGUGAUGAUUUCCAGCGAGUGCUAGACGAUCUGACAUAUUCUUUAAACAAGCUAGGCGAGCUUUUCAAAGUGAGCACACAAAGAGAAAGCAUGGAAUUGAGAAAUAUCACUAAGUAUAUUAAUGACUAUAUAAAAAAACACAUAGCAGGAACGAUGGAUUUGUUCAAGUAUGAACUGAUUUUUAAAUAUUACGGGAAACAGGAGUACUUGCUAGUCAAUGGUGCCAAAAUAGAUUGCAUGUUCAUACCAUGUAAGAGGUUUCUAAAUGAUAAAAUGCAAUCAUAUCUCGAUUUGAAGAAACGGAAUGAGAAAAAGGGGGCACGAAACGGGGCAGAAAAGGAGCAUCUAACGAAUGCACACACCAAUGGCCACGUCUAUUUAAACGCCUUCAACAACAACUUCUACAAUUACAUAUAUCAAGACGAUUAUCUGUGCGACAUACCCGUCGUGCUCUACUUCAACCCCAAUGCUGCAUACUACGAACUAAACGCCUGCUAUUCUGGGUGCCUUAAAUUUUACAUAGAAAAUAAUGUGAACGUAUUCGUGUACAACUAUCGAGGAUAUAGCAAAUCUAGUGGUUAUCCUAAUUUGAAUAGAAACAAUUCGGACGCUUUAAAAAUUGCAGAGUAUCUUUUGUCGAAGAGAGUCAAACAUUUAGGGUUACAUGGAACGUCCAUUGGAGGUCCCCUCUGCUCGUAUGUCUCCUACCAUCUGUGCAAUUUUAACCAAAAAAAUGAUAACAUGGAGUAUAUGGACAAGUUGUACAAAAAUGAAAUUAGCAUCAAGAUCACCUGCAAGCAAAUAAACAAAAUGGUAAAAUUGAUGAGUAGGAGGAAAGACAAAAUUUUAAAUAUCCUCCUUAUCCCGAUGAAGUAUAUCAUCUUGCUGCUUCAGUUCAUUGUGCUCUGCAAGUUGAAAAUUUCCAACGUGAUGAUUAGGAGGAAGAUCAGCCUGAGCCUAGGCGCUAGCGGCGGGGGCGGCCCCAGCAGCAAUAGGGACCAUCGCAACAAUUACCACCGUGGCGGAGAGGGGAUUGGCACCACACGCACCCACCAUCCGAGGAUAUCCUUCGUGUGCAUCGACAAGUCCUUCUACAAUUUCGAGGAAGUGGCCAAGUACAUGGUGGGAGAGUACGCCUACAACAUCCUGCAGUUCACGUCGUACAAACUGGACAUCACGAAAUAUUACCUCAAUUCGAAUGUACCGAGAAUUUUGAUUUUCGACAACAACGACGAGAUAAUUCACUACAUGUCGAGUGUCGUUACGGGGGUGUCCAAGGAAAUUUCCAAAUUGUACAAAAGUGGGGACGGCAUGGCGAGAGGCAAGGCGGGAGGCAACGUGAAGAGCAACGCGGGGGGAUCCCCAAGUCUUGCAGAAAGCAGCCAAAAUUUGCUGCCGCUGGUGGGGGGUACUUGUGAUGAUGGCGAAUAUAUCCAGAAGACAAGUACCUAUUCCGAUUUAUACGCAAAGAAGAGGGCCCUCCCCGAAAUGGCACUUCCUCAGAGGGAGCAGCUCCGGAAUAGAAGUAUUCUCGGCAGCCCCAAUGAGAAGCUCCCCUUUGUUCCCCAACUAAUCAUAGAUGAAAGUGUGGACAAGUGCUGGUUUGAAAAUAAAGUGAAAAAGAUCGACAUAGGCCUAUUUUUGCAGAGCUGGAAGGUGAUAAACGAUUGCAUUUUAUUUCUAAAUAAAUCUUCCACAACGAACAACUCGUUCAUUUCGAUAGGGCUCCAAACAUAUAAGUCUAUAAUAUCCUUGUACAACUCGAAGGAAAACAACCUGGAGAAGCAAACGCACAAUGCUAUUUAUUGCAUUUAUAAUGACAACAUGAGUUUUAUGGAUACAUUUAAGAAGGUAAAUCCCAAUUACGACGAUUUCGGGAUGGAUGGAAGUACCGAUAAGGAUAGCCAUGCGAAGAAGCCAAAUGUGUGCGAUACGCUACGCGAAAAUGAAGACUUCAAAUUCGAAAUGGAAAAGCUGAACAAAAUGUUGAAAGAUUUGUACAUGUCAAAGAGGAAGGAAGUGGAAAAGGUGCAUUUCACAUAUAGCGGAUUUUUCCUCAAAAAUGACUACCUCUAUAAUUAUAUAAACACCAAGAAUAAGAAAAAGGAGGAACCUGCUUUUAACAUAGAAGAGGCAGAUAUCAUCAACUUCCUAAAAAAAUUUAGUGAUUCUUUAACCCAGAUUGCAGAUGCGAUUAAUUACAAUUUGAAUUCUUGUGGGCAAUCAUUAGCAGAAUUAAAUCAAGUUGCAGAAAAUGAAAAAAUAAAUUUUUUCAAAUCUUUCAUUUUUAGAAUGAAGGUGUAUGGUUCCUACCCCUCUCAGUGUUUUAUUCCGUCUCACGAGGAACAAUAUUGUAAUUCCAUCCAUCAGCUUCCGUUUAUUUUAUCUGAGUGUUGCGACCAAGGGGGCUUCAAUCCUCACAGAAACGUCAGAAACAACUCCUACCAUCUGAAGCAUCCCCCAGAUGAAGAACCGCUCUUCGAUGGGGAGUACCCUAACAGCGACUCGGAGGAUGUAUAUUUUAGGCAUAGAGACCCGGAAAAAAGGACGACCAAGGAUAAAGGGGAACGAAUCAAAGACACUUUUCACUUCAAUCCCCGUUUCGGAGCGGACUACAACGGAUGUAUGCUUCCCCCCUACGUGGUCAUAAAGAGGUCCAUGUUUUUGCACGACUUGGUUGUAUGCCUGAAUUGGUUCAAGAACGGUGCUGCGGUUAGUUCUCCUUCUUCCGAUUGUGCCCCAUCUACCCCCGCAGGCGUUUUUUACCAACUGGACGAAGAUACCUACUUAGUGAACCCCACACAGCUGCUGCUCGCCCUGAAGGCGAAAAAGGAGAAAGGGCAAAAUAGCCAGAAAAAUAACGCGGCGCGCCUAAACAGUGGCAACUUUCUGGACUUAUUUUCCAACGAUAUUGGAGUGGACAUAAACGAUGCGGAUUUUUCGAAAGAGCUAGAAAAGUACGUAAGCUGGAUGCGCCUGAAUAACAGAAUGAGCUUAUUGAAAAUUCUUCUUUCCCUAAAAAGUGAAUUGCGCAAAAUGAAAAGCUACUCGGAAAGCUUAAUUGAUGAAUAUAGUACCAUUAACCAAGGCACGGACAUUCACUUUAUCAUUUUCCUAAUCUAUCGCAUAUUAAUUUUUAAGAAGCUUCUAACUCACACUUAUAUAAUUUACACAUUUUGGGAACGGCUUAUCACAUCCUUGGAUGCGAACCUGAAUCAUGCUGAGGAGGUUGCAAGAAAUGUCGACCUUCUAACUUUGGAACCCAUAUCUCAUUUUGACGUUUUCUACAGUGGUGCUUAUAAGGUUUACUCCCCCAAAAUUCUGGGAUGCCCCCUGUUGGUGAACUGCGGACAUAACGGCACACUAACCAAGGAGGAUCUAAGCUUUUUCAGCACUUGCUUGAAUUUCUACCUCAAGGAGUAUACGUGA